AUGGGGAUCAAAAAAAGAUGGCGGUGUUCGACUCAUGUCAGCCGAGGGUGUAAAGCUUUGUGCUACACCGUACAAGGAGCUGUGAUUGCCGUCAAUGGUUGUCACAAUCACAAACCGAAGGCAGAGUCCCUUGAAUACAUUGUGAUACCGAGCGGGCGCGGUAGGGGCAUUCUGAUCCUAUUCAAUGGCUACACUUACGCUUCGAGAGGCUCGCUGUACACUGCGUAUUGUUCUAAAAGAGACACCGGUUGUCAAGCGCGCAUAAAAUUUUCUCGCGACGGACAGAAGAGAAUACUGCUAUAUGAAUCCAGAAUUUAUUGUCACGACCACCCUCCACCGGACUACAUUGUUACGAAGAAUGGAGAAUAUGUGAAAGCAUAG